AUGUCGCGCCGCAAGCAAGGCAAACCCCAGCACUUAAGCAAACGGGAAUUUUCACCCGAACCUCUUGAAGCCAUUCUCACUGAUGAUGAACCUGAACAUGGCACAUUGGGAGCUCCAGAAGGGGACCACGACCUCCUCACUUGUGGCCAGUGUCAGAUGAACUUCCCGUUGGGGGACAUUCUUAUUUUUAUUGAGCACAAACGGAAACAAUGCAAUGGCAGUCUCUGCUUAGAGAAGGCUGUGGAUAAGCCACCUUCACCCUCACCAAGUGAGCUGAAAAAAGCAUCCAAUCCUGUGGAGGUUGGCAUCCAGGUUACGCCAGAGGAUGACGAUUGUUUAUCAACGUCAUCUAGAGGAAUUUGCCCUAAACAGGAACAUAUAGCAGGUAAAGACGAGCCCAGCAGCUACACGUGUACGACUUGUAAACAGCCUUUCAACAGCGCCUGGUUCCUCUUGCAGCACGCACAGAACACGCAUGGCUUACGGAUCUACCUAGAAAGCGAGCACGGCAGCCCCCUGACGCCACGGGUUGGUAUCCCAACAGGACUAGGUGCAGAGUGCCCUUCCCAGCCACCUCUCCAUGGGAUUCACAUUGCAGACAAUAACCCUUUUAACCUGCUCAGAAUACCUGGCUCGGUCUCAAGGGAGGCAUCGGGGCUGGGAGAAGGGCGUUUCCCACCCACACCGCCCCUCUUUAGCCCUCCCCCAAGGCACCAUUUGGAUCCGCAUCGCAUUGAGCGCCUGGGUGCGGAAGAAAUGGCUCUGGCCACCCAUCACCCUAGUGCCUUUGACAGGGUGCUGCGACUGAACCCCAUGGCAAUGGAGCCCCCUGCUAUGGAUUUCUCCCGGAGGCUGCGGGAGCUGGCCGGCAACACCUCCAGCCCACCGUUGUCCCCGAGUCGGCCCAGCCCUAUGCAAAGGUUGCUGCAGCCCUUCCAGCCUGGUAACAAGCCCCCAUUCCUGGCCACGCCACCUCUUCCUCCUCUGCAGUCUGCUCCUCCUCCCUCUCAGCCGCCCAUGAAGUCCAAGUCCUGUGAGUUCUGUGGGAAGACCUUCAAGUUUCAGAGCAACCUGGUGGUCCACCGCCGGAGCCACACUGGAGAGAAGCCCUACAAAUGCAACCUCUGUGACCACGCCUGCACGCAGGCCAGCAAGCUGAAGCGCCACAUGAAGACACACAUGCACAAGUCCUCCCCCAUGACGGUGAAGUCGGAUGAUGGGCUCUCCACUGCCAGCUCCCCUGAGCCGGGCACCAGUGACCUGGUGGGCAGUGCCAGCAGUGCCCUCAAGUCUGUGGUGGCCAAGUUCAAGAGUGAGAAUGAUCCCAACAUGAUUCCUGAGAAUGGGGAUGAGGAAGAGGAGGAAGAGGAGGAGGAGGAGGAGGAGGAGGAGGAGGAAGAGGAGGAGGACUUGAAUGAGAGUGAUAGGCAGGACUACAGCUUCGGGAUGAGCCUAGAGGCAGCCCGCCACCAUGAGAACAACUCGCGGGCCGGUGAGGAGGGACGGUCAAUGCCAGACGUCAUGCAGGGCAUGGUCCUGAGCUCCAUGCAGCACUUCAGUGAGGCCUUCCACCAGGUCCUGGGGGAGAAACACAAGCGUGGCCACCUCCCCGAGCCUGAGGUGCACAGGGACACUUGUGAUGAAGACUCGGUGGCCGGCGAGUCUGACCGCAUCGAUGAAGGGGCGAUCAACGGCCGGGGCUGCUCCCCAGGGGAGUCUGCCUCGGGAGGCCUUUCCAAAAAGCUGCUUCUGGGUAGCCCCAGCUCCCUGAGCCCCUUCUCCAAACGCAUCAAGCUGGAGAAGGAGUUUGACCUGCCGCCUGCUGCCAUGCCCAACACCGAGAACGUUUAUUCCCAGUGGCUGGCGGGCUAUGCCGCCUCCCGGCAGCUGAAGGACCCCUUCCUCAGCUUCGGUGAUUCGCGACAAUCGCCCUUCGCCUCCUCCUCCGAGCACUCUUCGGAGAACGGCAGCCUGCGCUUCUCCACGCCGCCGGGCGAGCUGGACGGAGGGAUCUCAGGCCGCAGUGGCACAGGAAGCGGAGGGAGCACCCCCCAUAUUAGUGGCCCGGGCCCUGGCAGGCCCAGCUCAAAAGAGGGCAGACGCAGCGACACUUGUGAGUACUGUGGGAAGGUCUUCAAGAACUGUAGUAAUCUCACCGUCCACAGACGGAGCCACACGGGCGAGAGGCCGUAUAAGUGUGAGCUUUGCAACUACGCCUGCGCCCAGAGUAGCAAGCUCACCCGGCACAUGAAAACACACGGGCAGGUGGGAAAGGACGUUUACAAAUGCGAGAUUUGUAAGAUGCCUUUUAGCGUGUACAGUACCCUGGAGAAACACAUGAAAAAAUGGCACAGUGAUCGAGUCUUGAAUAACGAGAUAAAAACUGAAUAG